AUGACGAUGUUCGAGUCGGAUUCGAGACGCACGAGCUUCUGCAUUGAAAUGGCUUUCUUGUGGGACGUUCCGCGUCGAAUGGUGGAGCGUGAUUCAACGCGGAAUCGAGUCUUGCUCGGCAAAGGCAGCGAUCGGGUCCCCGCGGUGCAAUCACUCCGACCCGUCGCUCCUCCUGUCCGACACAGAUUUCAGCUUCGGUCCGAAUGCAAGAGCGUUUGUUACCUGCUUUGA